AUGGGUGUACCGAAGUUCUACAGAUGGAUCAGUGAACGGUAUCCGUGUUUGAGUGAGAUUGUCACCGAUCGACAGAUACCAGAAUUUGAUAACCUCUAUUUGGACAUGAACGGCAUUAUACACAGUUGUACGCAUCCAAACGAUGACGACGUCUCGUUCAGAAUCUCUGAGGAACAAAUAUUCCGAGAUAUUUUUCAUUAUAUUGAUACGCUCUUUUCAAUAAUUGAACCAAAGAAGGUGUUCUUCAUGGCCAUUGAUGGAGUGGCUCCACGGGCCAAAAUGAACCAACAGAGAGCACGACGUUUCAUGUCUGCAAAAAAUGCCGAAUUAGCCAUGAAAGUGGCCAAAAGUAAAGGGCAAGAAAUACCUGAAGAGAAGCGUUUCGAUCCCAAUUGUAUCACACCAGAGUUGCUUGAAGUUAAGUUCGACUUUGACUUUGUUUUAGGAACCGAAUUCAUGGCUCGUCUCCACGAACAGUUGCAGUAUUUUGUAAAAAUGAAAGUAUCUACAGAUGUAGCAUGGCAAGGGAUAAGAAUUUAUCUCUCUGGACAUAAUGUGAGGAGUUUUUGUGGAGUUAUUCGUUGA